AUUGACAUUUUAUUUUUGUAAUCUCAAAAUAAUGGCUCGCUUUUCUGGAAAGUCUGUCAUUAUAACUGGUUCUUCUAAUGGAAUCGGAAGAUCGGCUGCUGUGAUUUUUGCAAAGGAAGGAGCUCAAGUUACAAUUACUGGAAGAAAUGAAGAUCGCCUAGAAGAAACCAAACAGCAAAUAUUGAAAGCAGGAGUUCCAGCUGAGAAGAUUAAUGCCGUGGUUGCUGAUGUUACCGAAGCAUCAGGACAAGAUGAUAUCAUCAACACGACUCUUGCUAAAUUCGGAAAAAUUGAUAUCUUGGUUAAUAAUGCUGGUGCCAAUUUAGCUGACGGAACAGCUAAUACGGAUCAACCAGUGGAGUUGUAUCAGAAAACAUUCAAGUUAAACUUCCAAGCUGUGAUCGAAAUGACUCAGAAAACAAAGGAACAUUUGAUAAAGACAAAAGGAGAGAUUGUAAAUGUUUCCAGUAUCGUUGCUGGCCCACAAGCACACUCUGGAUAUCCAUAUUAUGCUUGCGCAAAAGCUGCGCUUGACCAAUACACCAGAUGCACUGCAAUCGAUCUUAUUCAACAUGGUGUCCGCGUAAAUUCUGUCAGCCCUGGAGCAGUUGCCACUGGUUUCAUGGGAGCGAUGGGUUUACCAGAAACUGCAUCUGACAAGCUUUACAGUUUUAUUGGCUCACGGAAAGAAUGCAUUCCUGUUGGGCAUUGUGGAAAGCCAGAAGAAAUUGCCAAUAUCAUUGUAUUCCUGGCUGAUAGAAACCUCUCAUCUUACAUUAUUGGACAAUCGAUUGUUGCUGAUGGAGGAUCAACUCUUGUUAUGGGAAUGCAAACACAUGAUCUUAUGUCCGUUCUUAGUCAGUAAACUAUAACUUUUUUUUUCAGAUUUUGUUAACCAUUGUUAUCUAAUGUAAUAGUCGUAAAAUACACAAUAAAAUACAUUGAAUACUUUU